AUAAAAGUCUUGAAUCGAAGUAAAAUCUCAUUAAUAAAAAGUACUACGUUAACUUCAAAUACUAUUUAUUAUCAUAAAACGCAUUAUCGCCACAGAAAAAGCUUGCAAGUAUCAUUCGUAAUAUGUUUCACAACAAAGCAAGAUUAGGUGGUUUUCGUCUACCUGGAUCAAGCCUAGGCAUGGAUGUCCCAAUUACUUCUGACAUCAUGAUCAUAGGGGGAAACUCACACCCCGAGCUAGCAACUCUAAUUGCCAACCGACUUGGUGUGAAAAGUGGUGGCUGUUCGGUAUACCAUAAAACAAAUCGUGAGACGAUGGUAGAGAUUGGAGACUCGGUUCGUGGAAAGGAUAUAUACAUAAUACAGACUGGAUCUAAGGAUGUUAACAACAACAUAAUGGAACUGCUGAUUAUGGCCUACGCCUGCAAGACUUCUUCGGCAAAAAGUAUUGUGGGAGUUAUUCCGUAUUUACCAUACUCGAAGCAAUGCAAAAUGAGGAAACGUGGAUGUAUAGUUUCAAAACUACUCGCCAAAAUGAUGUGUAAAAGUGGACUCACUCAUAUCAUCACCAUGGAUUUACAUCAAAAAGAAAUUCAAGGAUUCUUUGAUUGUCCAGUUGAUAAUUUACGUGCUAGUCCUUUUCUUCUACAGUAUAUCCAAGAAUGUAUUCCAGAUUAUCGCAACUCUGUAAUAGUUGCUAGGAAUCCAGGCAGUGCAAAAAAGGCUACAAGCUAUGCCGAACGUCUUCGUCUUGGUAUUGCAGUAAUUCAUGGAGAGCAGCGUGAGUCUGAAUCAGACAUGAAUGAUGGUCGCUAUUCUCCUCCAGCAGUUGUGCCUUCACGCACAAUGGAAGUUGGUGUCGGAGUUCCUGUUCAUCCUGCCAAAGAAAAACCACCAAUUAAUGUAGUCGGUGAUGUAGGUGGACGCAUCGCUAUCAUGGUGGAUGAUAUGGUGGAUGACGUACAAUCAUUUGCGGCUGCAGCCGAAGUUUUGAAGGAAAGGGGCGCCUAUAAAAUCUACGUUCUCGCUACUCACGGUCUCCUAAGCUCAGAUGCUCCUCGACUUAUUGAUGAAUCACCCAUCGAUGAAGUGGUCGUCACAAAUACGAUUCCUCAUGAGCUGCAAAAGAUGCAGUGCCACAAGAUAAAGACCGUGGACAUAAGUAUCCUACUUGCAGAGGCUAUUCGACGUAUCCACAACAAGGAGUCUAUGUCAUACCUGUUUAAAAAUGUCACUUUAGAGGACUAAGGAACAGAAUAAAAAAUCGAUAGUUUAUCAUCUUAUUGAUAUCACAGACGAACGUCGGACGUGAGACAAGAAGGUCCAGCUUUCAAAUCCUACUACUUGUUCCAAAUAUAAAAAUAAGAACGGUAAUUGAUAAUAAAAAUAUGUGAAAAUACAGAUAAGGACACAGGCUUUCAUAUUUUACUAAAAAUAGGCUGGGACCACUCCAACGCAUAUCUUUUCGUUCAUUUUCUAUGCUACUUUUUUAUAUUUUCAAGAUCACGAAUCCGAAUUUUUGUGUGUGUGAUCUUGUUCGUAUAUGUAUACAUUUUUCAACACAUUGAGCGUUGCAUUAUAAAAUACGUAGAUCGUAGGAAUUAUUUAUGUAAAACAUACUCCGAUAUUGUCCUUAUAGGUAUAGCACAACUAUGACGACGUAUUAGUAGAAUUAUUGUCUCAUGGAAAUAAUGUUAUUAUAAAAUACCCAUCAUGGCAAAAUUGGAA